UUAAGGCUACCGGCUGACUAAGCGUCCAGUCUCCGCAGCGGCAGCAACCACUGAGCAAGAGCGCGUCCGUGUAGUUGCCCAAUAUGCCGAAUAUCAAAAUCUUCAGCGGGAGCUCCCACCAGGACUUAUCCCAGAAAAUUGCUGACCGCCUGGGCCUGGAGCUAGGCAAGGUGGUGACUAAGAAAUUCAGCAACCAGGAGACCUGUGUGGAAAUUGGAGAAAGUGUACGUGGAGAGGAUGUCUACAUUGUUCAGAGUGGGUGUGGUGAGAUAAAUGACAAUCUAAUGGAACUUUUAAUCAUGAUUAAUGCUUGCAAGAUUGCUUCAGCAAGCCGGGUUACUGCAGUCAUCCCAUGUUUCCCUUAUGCCCGCCAGGAUAAAAAGGAUAAGAGCCGGGCUCCCAUCUCAGCUAAGCUUGUUGCAAAUAUGCUAUCUGUCGCAGGAGCGGAUCAUAUUAUCACCAUGGAUCUACAUGCAUCUCAAAUUCAGGGCUUUUUUGAUAUCCCAGUGGACAAUUUAUAUGCAGAGCCAGCUGUCUUAAAGUGGAUAAGGGAGAAUAUAUCUGAGUGGAGAAACUGUACUAUUGUCUCACCUGAUGCUGGUGGAGCCAAGAGAGUGACCUCCAUUGCAGACCGAUUGAAUGUGGAUUUUGCCUUGAUUCACAAGGAACGGAAGAAGGCCAAUGAAGUGGACCGCAUGGUGCUAGUAGGAGAUGUGAAGGAUAGGGUGGCUAUCCUUGUGGAUGACAUGGCUGACACUUGUGGUACAAUCUGUCAUGCCGCUGACAAACUUCUCUCAGCUGGAGCUACCAGAGUUUAUGCUAUCCUGACUCAUGGAAUCUUUUCUGGCCCAGCCAUUUCCCGUAUCAACAACGCAUGCUUUGAAGCAGUAGUAGUCACCAAUACCAUACCUCAGGAGGAUAAGAUGAAACACUGCUCCAAAAUACAGGUGAUUGACAUCUCCAUGAUCCUUGCAGAAGCCAUCAGAAGAACCCACAAUGGUGAAUCUGUCUCCUACCUGUUCAGCCAUGUUCCUUUAUAACAGAAUAACUUCUGAAGCUUUUUGAAAAUAAACCAACCCCAUCCCUCACAUUUCUUGGUAUUUGAGUUCAGCGGAAGACCCAGCUUGCUCCAGUGUAGAUGUUUACAUCCCAUAUUAGCUACAUUAGAAUUUAGCCUAAAUUGGAAAAAGACAGAUUGUGGUUAACUGCUAGGAUGUCCUACUUGUGUUGUUUCAUCCUGACUUGCUUGUUUAUUUUGUGAUCCUU